CAGACUGGAGACUUUUGUUUAUUCUUGCAAUGAAUUUUUUGAUAGGCGGUGGGACUGGACUUAUCGGCCGGUCGCUCACUUCAUCACUCAGAGCAGCUGGACACAAAGUACAGAUAAUUACACGUAAUCCAAAAGAUGCGAAUGAUUUAAGUUGGGUGAGUUUCUUCUACAAAUAUAAUAUGCAUUUUUCGCAGAACUCUAUCAAGCAGUUUGGGUUACCAGAAAAUAUACAUGUUGUUGUGAACUUAAGUGGCAGAAAUAUUGGGGAAAUCAACCCAUCCCUUCUCAUCAAACAAAAUUAUGAUAAAUUUAUCGAAGAACUUUUCUCAAGUCGUUUAGACACAACCAGGAUUCUGGUUGAGGCCUCAAAGUCUGCUCCCCUUAAAGCAUUUAUAAAUGCUUCCGCUAUCGGUUUCUAUGCUCCCGAUUUGGAGGCCACUUACGAUGAAUCUGCUGCAUACAAAGAUUGUGGUCUAAUCACAAGCCUUGUUAAACAGUGGGAAGAAGCUGCUCAAAUACAUUCGAGACCUGAUAUUCGACAAAUUCAAUUACGAACAGGUGUAGUUUUGUCUAAAGACUCACAUUUUAUUCGCUCUAUAUAUCUCAGUCAUCGUCUGGGUUUUUGUAAUGCAAUCGGUUCUGGUCGUCAGUGGAUAUCUUGGAUUCAUCUUGGUGAUUUAACUAGAAUCAUUGAAUAUGUAGCUGAUUCUAAAGUAUCUUUUUCAAGUGGACCUGUUAAUUGUACAGCACCAGAACCUACUCAGCAGGCUAUCCUAGCUAAAGCUGUUUCUGAAUCACUUGGGGCUCCGUUCAAUCCUUUAGGUCGAAUUCCAACACCUCCAUCUGUUUUUAGACUUCUUCUCGGUCCUGAUCGUGUCACACUAGUUCAAGAUGGUCAACGUGUCAUUCCUACAAAGUUGAUCAAUUCCGGAUUCAAAUUUAAUUAUCCUACAUUAGCAGAUGCCUUGGAAAAUAUAUUCGGUCGCCGACCUUCGUGUGUUUAGAAUACUUUUAUUAUAAAUUCUAUAUUAAAUUAUUAGUUUAUAAUCAAAUACAAUAAAUAGUAUCAUGUAUCUUUAGUUGUUCUAUCAAUUGAUGUAGUAGUGUCUAGGUUAGACGCAUGAAUAUGAACCUGUUGGUUACUUAAUACACAAUACAGUUUACUCAUUUUAUGUAUAGUUUUAAUUCAUGUUAGCUCGUCGGGACUGUCAGUGAACUAGUCGUACAUAUAGACAAAGAAGUUGAACUCGUUAGCAUUGAUUAUUAUAUGCGUUGCGUUUUUACUUGCCUAAUGUAAAUUCGAUUUUUAAUUCUAACGGUACGUUGUUUAAGCAG